CACGAGAUGAUGCGCGCGUCCCCGUGACCAUGUCCUGCGCGGGUUCGUGACAUCGUCGCGCACGCUCAUUCGCCCACCAUGUGCUCCCCCGCUUCUGCGAAGGCGAGUGGCGUCCGAGCGCUUGAUGGCGGACAUGCAGGGUUGUCGCCCCAGAUCACAGUAGCAGCACACAAAAAUAUAUAGAUGGCCGCACGGCUAUUCAGUCCAGCGUGCGCCAGUCUCCCUCGCCGCCAUGGACUCGUCCGCGCGUCGGAGCAGCGACAUCUACGAGGUGCCCGGCCAGAGUCGCCAGCAGAGCCGCCAGACGCUGGACUCUCAGCCAGAGGCCCCGCUCACAGCGAACGCGGCCCCUCCAGCAGGGGGAGAAACGUCGGAGAGUAAGCCGGAAGACGGCACGCAGAACGCGCCCGCCGAUGGUGGUGGUGCUGCCGCUGCUGCGCCCAAGGUCCCAUUUUACAAGAAGAAAUGGUUCUGGCUCACGCAGCUCGUCAUUGUUCCCCUCGGCAUUGCCCUUCUGUUCAUCCUGCUCUUCCCCAUCGUGCGCGCCAUUGUCCAGUCGGUCGUCACGAAGACCACCCUCGGCAUCGAUGAAGCUACCAUCCUCAAUCCAGCGAACGACACCUUUACGCUGCAGAUGAAGGGACAGGUCUACCACACCGGCAUAUUCAGCGCCUGGAUCGAGUUCCAAGAGCCCAUCCAGAUCUCCUGGCUGCAGGACAAUGGCACGAGCGUCCCCCUCGGCACGAUCACGCUCGACAAGAUCUACGCGAAGAACAAGCGCGCGACGAUCGACCAGACGACGACGUUCAAGAUAUCCGACGAGGACCGCUUCGGGGACUUUACGCAGUACAUGAUCACCGCCGAGGCCUUCACCUGGCGCCUCUACUCGAACAAGCUGCGCGCGCAGGCGCUCAAGUUCCCCGUCGCGCACGGCAUCACGUUCGACAAGCACCUCACGCUGAAUGGCAUGAAGAGCUUCGACGGCAACGUUAAGCUGAAGGACCUGCAGCUGCCGAGCGACAACGACAACGGGAUCAACUUCGAGGCAACAACCCAGCUGAACAAUCCCAGCCCCUUCCACCUCAACCUCGGCACCGUCGAGUUCGCCCUCAGCUACGACGGCCUGGACCUCGGCACGGGCACGCAGGACAACACCGUCAUCGUACCCGGCUCCUCCAACCAAGUGGCCCUCAAAGGCUUCCUCAAGCGCCAAGAGGGCGACGAGAACCUCUCCAAGCUCGGCCGGCUCUUCACCAACUACAUCAACGCCGACAUGUCCACCGUCAAAGCCACGGGCUUGUCCACCCGCCAGCCCGACGGCACGCAGAUCUCCUGGCUCAGCAAGGGCCUGCAGGCGCUCACCCUCUCCGUGCCCUUCGUCCCCGAGCAGGCGAUCAACCCGAUCAAGGGCGUCUCCAUCGGCGCCUUCGCGCUCCAGUUCUUCACGGGCUCGCCCGGCUCGUGGACGCCGACCGCGAACAGCGACUCGGUGACGGCGGAUCUGGCGCUCCCCUUCGGGUUCUCGCUCGCCAUCAGCGAGAUCGCGAACGAGUUCGAUAUGGUGAUGACGAGCGGGGACACGUUCGCGAAGCUGAGCACGCCGAGCGGGGCGAGCAAGUCGAAUAUCUCGACGUAUGCGUCGGACAAUACGAAGGGGACGAUCGAUAUCUCUAUCGUGAACACGAACUUGAGCAGCUCGGAGCCGCAGCAUAAGCACUUUUCGGCGUUCAACACCCUCAUCACCGACAAAGACCUCGCCGAGUUCAGCCUCAUUGGCAACUCCAGCGCGAUCGCGAACAUGAGCGUCGGCGUCCUCAAACUCGACCCCAUCAAGGUCAACGUGACGACGUCGCUCCAGGGCCUGCGCGGCUUGAACGAUAUGGUCAAGAUCAACAGCGUCGAUGUAACGGGUGGGACGAAGGAUGCGAUUGUGCUGGAUAUUGAUGUGACGAUCAACAACCCGUCGAACUUAUGGUUGAACGUCGAUGAUCUCUACCUCGCCCUCUUCCGCUCCGGCUCCCCCAUGGGCACCACCCUCCUCCCCAACCUCACGCUCAACAUGGGCGAGAACAACGUCGCCGCAACGGGCUACUUCCAGGCCAACGACAACGACGAGUCGCUGCAGACGCUGAACGACUUCGUCGGCAAGCGCGACGUGGUGCUGAGCAUCGGCGGCUAUGACGACAGCACGCAGGUGCAGUCGCUCGCGAGGGCGUUCCGCACGCUGAGCAUUGAUACGACGCUGCCGGCGCUGACGAGUGAUUUGCUGGAUACGGCGGCGUUGAAAGUCCCCUCCACCAUCGGCCAAUCCUCAAACACCACCCACGUCACCGUCGACCUCGCCAACCCCUUCUCCGCCGACCUCCAGAUCACCUCCGUCUCUUCCUCCAUCAAGUCCUUCGGCCUCGACCUCGGCACCAUCGACAUGCCCACGGACUUCAGCGCGGCGCACAAUGCCACCACUACGUCGCAGGACUUGGAUCUGAGCCUGAACAUGGACCCAGAGACGCUGUUCACGCUGACGCGCGCGCUGGCGGUGGAGGCGGGGCUUGACACUGUGCAGCUGGACGGGAUCGUGGCGCUUGGGGGGUAUGAGUAUUUGUUUACGACGGAUAACUCCUCCUCCUCCUCGUCAAGUGAGAACAACCACAAGGACAAGCGCGACAACAUCUACACCGGCUUCGAACUCCCGCCCUACGUCCAGAAGGCCUUCAAGCAGCUCCACUCGGACGUCUCGCUCACCGCGGGCGUCACCAUCGGCGAGUACGAGACGCACCUCACGUACGCGCAGGAGGGGCUGCCGACGAAGACGGACGACAGCCUGGACUAUCUGUUACCCAUCCUCGCGCGCCCGAUUGUGGAGAAGAUCGUGGAUGGGGCGGCGCUGGGGAUCGAAACGGUGCUGAUUACGGAUCCGAAGGAGGAUAUGUUUACCGCUGCUCUUGUUGGGAGUAUCACCAAUGCGGGUCCUUUCGACGCGGUUAUCGCCUUCAGCAAUGGUCUCAGCGUCAAGUGGAACGGGAAGGAGCUGGGCAACAUCAAGAUGGACAAUGUCUCGAUUACCGGCGAUGUCGGGGGCAAUAUCAACGUUACCUCGGCCUUCCAGGUCGCGGACACUGACUACCUGACGGAGUUCACUAAGACCCUGAUCACGGAGGAGUCCUUCGACUGGGAGAUCUCGGGAGAUGGCUUGGUCGUGUCUGCGCUCGGUAUUGCCGUUGACGGCAUUUCCCUGAACACGAAGAAAGUCACGUUGAAGGGUAUGAAUGGCUUGCGCGACGGAGUGACCAUCAACUCGUUCGACCUGCCGUCCAACGACGACAACGGCGGCAUUCAUCUCGCGAUAGAUGCGACCGCGAAGAACCCAUCUCAGGUGGGGGUCGAGCUCAGCACGCUAUCGUUCGACUCUUACACCACCGGUGACAACGCCGUUAUGAUUGCACCGGUCAGCACGAACGAGACGGUCACUUUGUACCCGCAGUCCACUACGAACAUGGCCUUGGUCGGUCGUCUGGUCCCACAAGACUCGGAUGAGGGUCUGGCCGCAGUAUCUGAAGUCUUCAACAACUUCAUACACGGCAAGAACAGCGACCUGGUUGUUCAAGGAACAGCAGCGGGCCCUAGCGAUGUUUCGUGGCUGAACGAGGGCAUCAAGUCGCUGAAGGUCGAGACGGAGCUGCCCAACCAGGGCAAGCUCGACAUCAUCAAGUCGAUCGACCUGAACCAGCUCACCCUCAUGUUCGACGAGGACUCCGCCUGGGCUCCUCCCUCGAGUACCAACGACACCGAGGCAGCCUUCACUAUCCCCUUCGCCUUCCCCAUCGACAUCGUCGCGCUGCAGGAGACCAUCACCAUCGGCUGGCAGGGCACGGACGUCGGGCAGCUCAAGGUGGACAAGUCGCCCACGACGACGGACGUCGACGCUCGGGUCAUCUACAUCACUUUCAAGGAUACGCCUUUGACUGCCUACGACGACAAACAUGACGCGUUCUCGCAGUUCUUGGCGGCUACGACGACGGGGGAGACGGUGACAUUGUCGCUCUCUGGCACGUCGAACGCGGAUGCGUCGACGGCUGUGGGAGUCUUGUCGCUGAAGGACAUCGACUUCUCCGUGUCCACCGACAUUGGUGGGCUCCAGGGGUUGAACGCGAAGCCUGUCACGGUCGGCAACCUGGAUGUGAAGCACGGGUAUUCCGACUACUUGCUCAUCACUCUUGAUGGCGAUCUGUACAACCCGAGCAACCUCACAGUUGGCACGGGUGACGUCGCGUUCACGGUGCAGUACCAGGACCAGCCCAUUGGUGAAGCUGAUAUCGCCGACCUCGUCAUAACCGCAGGGAACUUGACGACGGGUAUCGACUUCCACUACCAGCCCGAGGGUGGCGCUGCAGCGGGUGCCGGACGCAACCUUCUCGAGAACUACAUCCAGGGCGUCGACUCGGAUACGGUGAUCCAAGGCUCCACCGAUUCGACCGACGUCGAGUCUCUUAAGGAAGCGCUCUCCGAGAUACGCCUUGCGCCUGUCACUAUCCCUGCUCUCCACCAGACCCUCGUCACGGCCGCCUCGCUCAAGUUCCCUGUGGACAUCGUCGAUACCGGCAUCGCGUCCGCUACCGUCGAUAUCGCCAACCCGUUCACCGCAAGCAUCAACCUGCUCACCGUGGAUGCGGACGUCAAGUACCACGACCUAUCUCUCGGAUCCGUCGACCAUCAGGACUUUUCCUCGAACCCCAUCCAUGCCGACGGUCACAGCAAUGUCACCUCCCAGGACAUGCCUUUCGACUUCAACUUGGAGCCAGCGACGAUUAUCCAGCUGUUGUUGCAGAACUCGGAGGCCAAUGGCGUUGACCUUGGUCCAUUGCCUGACCUCUUCCAGUUCGUUCUUGACAACCCGGACUUCGAUCCACCAGUCAAGUCGAAAGUGGACACGGAAGGCCAGUCAUGCCAUAGUGGCAAACAAUUCGACGUGCAGGGAGCUAUCCUUUCGGCAUUAAAGAACCUGAACGUUAACCUGUCUAUCACGACCGACACGAGCCUCGAUGACUAUGCGACGCAGCUGUCGUUCAUGCAAUACGAUGUGCCAGCCAUCACCGACGAGACUGCCCUCUACCUCAUCGGUGCCGUUGCUGCGCCAAUAGCGCAGCACUUGGUAGACGGUGCUAAUGUUUCCUUCACGGAGGCCAACAUCACGAACAUCUCCAACGAUGGCUUUGACCUAGCCUUGCUUGGCUCGCUCACCAACAUCGGGCCUCUGGACGCGCAGAUCACGUUCACGGAGCCUCUGACGAUCACUUGGAACGACAAUAAGAUCGCCGAGAUUGAGGUACCGGAUGUUUGCGCGGGGGCUGACGAGGGAGUGCCAAACUGGGAUACCUCAGCGACGUUGCAUAUCACUGACCAGGGUGCUUUUACGGAUUUCACGAAGUACAUUCUUCACAACGAAGAUUUCACGUGGACGCUGUCUACGGACAAGCUCCGCGUUGAGGCGCUCGACACCAUCUUCGACGGCAUCUCCAUGUCGAAAGACAUCACCUUGAAGGCAUUCAACGGCUUGCCCGGUGUCUCAAUUGGCAACUUCGAGCUCCCGUCUGAUGACCCCGACGGCGGCAUCCACAUGGAGCUUGAUGUUGUCAUCCCGUCGCCUGCUCAGCUGGGCAUCGACCUCGGCACGGUGUCGUUCAAGUCGCUUUACAAGGACGUCAACGUCGGGCCUCUGUCUGGCGAAGGCCUUGUCCUCGCCCCUCAGUCCGAGACGACCAAGCAUAUGGCCGGUCGCAUUACCCCGAAGAGCGACGACGAGCUCGACACGAUCGGCGACCUCUUCACGCGCUACUUGCAAGCGGAGAACAUCAGCCUCACAGCACAGGGCGACACUGUCAUGCCUGAUGGCUCGACACAGAUUGGAUGGCUUAGCGACGCCUUCAAGACACUGGAGCUGGAAGUCACGCUCCAGGGCGAGUCCUUCGACAUCAUCCAAUCCAUCAGCAUCGACGACCUCGAGGUCACCAUGGAGUCGGACGACCAGACAUGGGCGCCAGCGUCGUCUUCCAAGAAGACUAAUGCGGUCUACAAGAAUCCCUUCGGCUUCUCCUUGCAGGUUGUUCGCUCUGCUGAGACGCUCAAUAUCGGCUAUGGCGGCUCCAACGCAGCCAAGCUGGAGAUCCCCAUGGCCGAUGCGGAGGGCGAGGCGUCUACUGGAAACGACGCCAACUUGCCGCUGUCGUUCAAAGACGUCCCCAUGGUCGCGUCCGACCACGGCGCCUUCCAGAGCAUGUUUGGCGCCGUCACGCUCAAGUCAUCAGCAGACCUUGCGCUCUCGGGUGCCGCGGACGUCGUCGCUGCAACGUCGAUCGGCAAUGUACCGAUAUCCAACAUCUCCUUCGACGUCACGACGAGCCUGGGUGGUAUCAACGGCUUUGGCGGCAAGGCAGACCUCGGCAAGGUCUCGGUGGUGGGCAGUGGUGGCGACGGCAAUGGCCAGUACAUCAGAGCCAACACGAGCGCAUCUCUUGAGAACCCGUCGAAUGUGUCGCUGAAGACCAACGACAUUGAGCUCCCGGUGAUCUGGGAGGGCAUCAAGCUCGGCAGGGCUGUCAUCGACCCUUUCGAUCUCGAGCCAGGCAAGAACACCUACCCGUCCGAGUUCCGCUACAUGCCUGACGACGCCAACGACACGAAGGCUAUGGUGCGUGGCGGCGAUUUACGCGCUCUCCGACCGAUGCUGACCCUUCGCAGGACUUCCUGAACGAGUUCAUCACCACUGAGGGCCCACUCGCUGUGACCAUCGACGGCGACACCCAAAGUACCCCACACGAAUCCCUCGUCACCGCCCUCGACGGCAUCCAAAUCUCCAGCG